UUAUUGUUGCACACCGUAGGCGGAGCCGAAGUCGCGAUCCCUCGCGGCCUUUUCCCUUUCGACGCUCUCUCGCCCGCCGUAAUGGCGUCUCUCGGCGAUUCAGGGAGCAAAAUUGGUGCUUCAGAUGAUGUUGUUCAAACUGAACAGGCUCCUGAUCCACAGGAGCAAUGUGAAGAUAGUGAAAGGAAAGCUCGGGUUGAGGAAGUUUGGAAGAAAAUGAACAGUGUAUUGCCCAAUAAGGUGCUCAAACCUAUAGUGAACAAGCCCGAUUCAACUGGGAGUACAAAAACAGGGAAAACAGUUCCUGAUUGGAUGGUUGCUCUUGGCAUUGUGCCAGCAAAGACACCAGCCACUAAUGAUACACUAGGAAAGAGGCCAGCAAGCUCGCAAAAUGGAACUAAUGAGGAAGCUAAGAGGCUUGCAGCAGCUGCUCUUUCAGCUGUCAAAGAUGUUGCAUCUGCUACCACAGCUGCUGGAAGUGGAAAAGUUGAAAUAACUGAGGUCCGGGACUUUGCUGGUUUAGAAAUUGAGGUUAAGAAACUCGUUGAUCCGGACUCAAAAGAGGCAGCUGAGAAAGCCAAAGUGCCAGGUGCUCCUCCCACUGCCCUUGACACCAUUCUGGAGCAGAUAAAGAAAAAACCAAAGCUCAGUGUCCUUGACAAGACCAAAAAAGAUUGGAGUUCGUUCAAGGAUGAGCACAAGGGUAUGGAAGAGGAGCUGGAUUCCUACAAGAAGAGCUCAAAUCAGUAUUUGGACAAGGUUUCCUUCUUGCAGAGAACAGAUCACAGAGAGUUUGAACAUGAGAGGGAUGCUCGUCUUGCAUUGCAGGCAAAGAGGAGACCAGAUAUGAGAGAGGAUGACUUGUAGUCAUACAUCAACUGUAGUUAACAGCUCAACUUAUUUAUUACUAGUCAUGACAACCAAAAGAAAUGAUUGCAAUUGUCCAACAUGUAUAUUCCCCUGGUCAACGACUUUGUUUUGUUCAUGGGCUUGUUGGUCACUGAACGAGGAGAAUAGCACCCAAAAUAUGCUGGCUUCUUUUUACAGUGCUGCAGAAUUUGCUAUUAUAAUGUUGAAGGAACACCUAACGUUGAUUUUCCUGUACAUUUAUUGCUGACCUUUUUGUGAAAAAAGACAUUGUUUUGAUCGUUGA